UCACAGCGGAAAAAGGGGAAACAGAGUAAUGCUGAAAAGGAUGAUGAAGCCUCAGAAGAAGAGGAAAUUGGUCAAGAUUUCAGAGAGAUGAAAGUUCAAAGGAGACCCAGUUCAGAUGAAGAGGCAGAAGAAACAUCCACAGAAAGUGAAGAGGAAUUUAAGUCAACAGUCCAUGAGGAUACAAGAAUCGUGAAGGAUAGCUCCGGAUUGGGCAAAUUACAACCAGGUGAGAUCCCAGAUACCAAGUAUAUUCAGGCCGCUCGUAAAAGGCGAGAGACAGCCAGAAAACGAGCUGAUUUCAUUCCACUCGAUUCUUUAGCCAAGGAUGACUCUUCAAUGUCUCCAGUGAGAGACGAUGAUCCAAUCAAUGAUGAUGAGCUCGAUGAUCAUGAGAGGAGAAUAGACUUCACUGAGGGACUGAAAACACAACGACAGAGAAUGGCUGAGGAAAUCGGUGUAAAUGAAAGUGAUGAGAGCUUUGAAGGUGAAUAUGAGGAUGAGGAGGAAGAUGAUCAGAAACUCUGGGAGGAACAGCAAAUCAAACGAGUGAACAUUUCCCAAUUAGCAGGCAGAGACGUGGAUACUGAGCCAAGGCGUAAUAUGAGGAGAAUGCUGAACACUCUGGAGUCACUCCCACCAAUCCGCUUGGAAACUGUAAAAAAGCAAUUGACUAAUAGGUUAGAAUCCCUCCAGGAAGUUUACCGUUCACACCAGCGAGAGCACGAGAAGAUCCAGAGUUCCACUGAGAGCUCGAUGAACACGAUUGAACAAUUGGAAGACGCUUCAGAUACCAAUCGCCGCUACAAGUUUUAUCGAGAAAUGGGAACCUAUGUUCAAAACCUGACCAACUGCCUCAGUGAAAAGAUACUUCUCAUUAAUGAGCUGGAAUCUGCAAUGCAUCACUUACUGCGGCAGCAGGCAACAAGACUUUUGCAACGUAGACAGGAAGAUGUCCAAGAUGAAUCGACCAGUAUUCAGCAGCUCUCAAACAAAGCUAAUGGCAAUACUCAAAGCCACGCAGACUGUAUUGAGGAAAAACAGUGUCGCAUUGAAAGACGAAUGACACAAAGGGCUCAACGACAACAGAGAAGAAAAGUGACGGGAAAGGAAGCAGAUCAUCGUGACGGCAUGUCCAGUGACGAUGAAGUGCCUCCAGAUGAUUUAAUUGAUUUUAAUGAAAAAAAAGAUCAAAUAUUGACGGAAUCCAAGACGAUCUUUGAAGACGUACAUGAAGAUUACUGCAGCGCUGACCGAAUCUUAGCAAAAUUUGGGUUCUGGAGGCACAACUUUCCCGCUUCGUAUUAUGAUGCUUAUAUUGGCCUUUCGCUUCCAAAAAUUCUGAAUCCUUUAAUCAGGGCACAACUGAUUGCCUGGAACCCACUUGAAGCUGGUUGCUCGGACUUAGUGGGCAUGCCCUGGGUUUCUGCCGUGGAGCAGUUCUGCCACGAUGAAGCUGAAGAGUACCAGAGGAAGGAAAACUCUGAUAUGAAACUGCUUUCCACAGUAAUAGAGAAAACAAUUGUACCAAAAAUUGAAGGCUUUAUAAUACAUGUAUGGGACCCUUUGUCAUCCUCGCAAACACAGAAUUUUGUGCAACUCUGUGCUGAAUUAAAAGAGGAAUUUGCUGUUUUUAAAGACGAAAGUAAAGCCACACAGAUGUUGUCAAAAUCAAUUAUUAUGAGAAUAAGGAUAUCUGUGGAAGAAGAUGUCUUCAUUCCUCUGUAUUCAAAAAGUGUGCUGGAGGAUCGAACGUCUGCCCAUUCCGUGUUUCAGGAAAGACAAUUUUGGUCAGCUGUGAAGCUACUGGGUAACAUCUUCCAGUGGGAUGGCCUCUUACCAGAGCAGGUUCUACAAGAAGUGGGUUUAGACAAGCUCCUCAAUCGCUAUAUUUUACUGGCUCUACAAAUGUCUUUGCCUGGUCCAGACAAUAUAGAAAAAUGUAAAAAGGUAAUAAAUUGUUUUCCUCCACAUUGGUUUGAAGAACUAAAAACCCAGCAAACCCUUCCCCAAUUGGAAAGCUUGUGCAGAUAUUUGUUACAGUCUAUUCGUGCUGCGUAUAAAAAUGGGGGUCAAAGUGAAGAGAGCAGCAGCAACAGAAAAGCAAUAGAAGAAAUGGUUAAGAUGUUAGCCCAAAUCAGUGCUGUGGAUCACACCAAGAGAAUUAUUGAUGAAUGCAAACUGGAAGAUUUGAAAAGCAUUCUCGAGAGAAACUGAUCUGCCUGAAAACUCCUGGUUGAAUGUGCUUCAAAGAUAGUGCAUAAAGAAUGCAAUCUCUAAUGCUUGACCUCGAGUCACAUAAGUCUGCAACAAUGCAAAGGUUGUACAACUUGGCUAUUUCCCACAGCAAUUCAUAAUGCCCAAAGUCCUUUGUUUUUAUUGAAAUGCAGUCUAGCUGAUUUAACACCACAAAACAAGUUGGAACUUAAUGCAGCUGUUGAGCCAUUAGUUCUGAUCUUCAAUUAGUAGGUUUCCAAAUACAAUUCUUAAAAAUAUACUGUAUUGAGUUGCAGAAAUUAAAUUUGAAAGUAGAAUAUAAAUGACUAUUUGUGAUAGAUUUUCCGUAUUCUUUUACAGUUGGAUUCAGUAGACUAAACUUAUGUUGCAAAUGACCUGGGCAUGAGGUUAAAUUGCAAGCCUAAAUUCCCAGCCUUAUUUGGAAUUGUACUCCCUUUUUAUUGGUGUAAUAAAUGCUGUUGAUUGAUGUAUAUAGUGAACAAGCAGUUGGCUGUUUUUUAUACACUUAAGCUGUCAAAUUGCUUAAGGGAGAAUAAUAUUGCAAGUAACACUGCCUUCCCCCCAAAAAAUAACAAUCUGGAAGAAGUUAUUCAACGUCUUUCUGCUCGAAGGAGAAAUCCUGUUUUUCAGUCUCAACCUACCUGUUGAUUCACCGAACUAACUGAGAUUGAUGUUCUUCCAAGUACUGGAUGCUAAUCCUAGUGCUUGAACACAAGUCAGGUUUAAGUGCCUGUAAAACCCAAACAGGAUUCUUAAAAUUAUUUGUAAACUGAUUUUUUUAGUUCACCUAAUGUUUGUGGAUUGUCUGCUGUUGAAGCAAAUCUUCUGUACACAAUUUAUUUUUCUAUCAUAAUUUGUAUGUUUUGUAAGAAUAUUGCUGUACAAUAAAUUGAACUUUUACAGUAUUCUUAAAAAAAAAUUCUUACAGAAGUUUCAAUGUCAGGAGGAUGAAUCAAAGUGGUUCAGGAUUCACUGAAGUAUGGUGACUAUUUUGUAGGUGAAUGCAACAGCCAAUUUAUGCAUAGCAAUACAAUACUAGUUGAAAAAAAAUGCUUAAUCAACUACCAAGAAAUGUCUAUCCCGAAUAAACCAUCAUAGUGGUGCAGAUUUGAUUUAAUAAUAA